AUGGGAAGUUUUGAAUGUAAGGCCUACAGUCGUACAAACAAAGUCUCAUUGUAUGUUUUUCACUCAAAUAUUUCCAAUGUAUGUAUCAAAUAUGACCUUGAUUUUAAUAGGUUCAAUAGAAUAUUCAAGAUACAGAUAUUUUAUAAAUAUAUAUAUAUAUAUCGAUGUGUGAAUGAAAGCUUACAUCCGCAAGAUAACGGAGAUACACUGCUGUCCAUAAAAGUAAAGGAUCGAAAAAGAGGUAUAAACGAAAAGCGUCCUCUAGAAUCGCCUCUGAAAACAUCUUUGAUAUCACCCUUUUUUUCCCGUAAUCAUAGGUCAGAUCAGACCGCACCGAUGGUCAGCGCAGGUGUCGUUCUUCGAGGUACAGUACUUUCUCCUGAUUAG